CCUGCGGCCGCCGGCGAGGGGCGCCUUCGGCAGGAAUGCUUCUCCUCCGCGAAGCUCGUGGCCCCCCCGAUGACCUACAUCUCGGGGGAGGAGAGAUGUCCUGGUACACCAUGAAGCUAAUUUGUGAAAAGUGGGUCCAUCCUUUCGUUGACACCUCGAAGUGGGAGUUCUUCGACCUGAGCUGCAAGUCCCGCGACGCCACCAAGGACCAGGUGCUGCACGACGCGGUGGCCUCCGGGGCGAAGCUCGGGGCCAUCUUCAAGGAGCCCACCAUCACGCCGACCGCGGACCAGGUGAAGAGCAUGGGCCUCUCGAAGGCCUGGGGCUCGCCCAACGGGGCCAUGCGCCGCGGCUGGAACGGCAUCACCAUCUCCAGGGACACCAUCCACAUCCCGGGCAUCGAGCUCGGCUUCAAGCGCCCAGUCCUGUUCGAGCGCCACGCCGUGGGCGGCGAGUACGGCGCCGGGUGGUCGAACGUUGGCAAGGGCAGGGUGUUGACGACCUUCUUCCCCGACGACAUGACGGAGCGGCCACGCGUGCACACGUGCGGACGUGGUGGCUGA